AUGGCCAAGAAAAAGAACAGCAGUCAUCAAGAAUCUCUUGAAGAUGCUGCUACGAGGCUCAAGAAAGAAAAAUGGGCAAGAAUACAUGCCGAAGCUAGGCAGCAAAUUGUAGAAAGACGUAUUUUGGCCGCCGAGGAAAUGGCAGCAAAUACGUUUAGCAAUAUUUCAAUGUUUAAAAAGCCUACUAGUUCUUCUAAAUCACAGCGUACAGAAUUGCACUUCCUAUUAUCAAAAGCAGCUGCUACAGGCCUUGUCGACACUUUUGGCCUAUUACCCAUCGAAGUCAAGCUUCAUAUGUUCAAUGAAUGA